AUGACGAGCCCAUCAGCUACCUGGGAAAUGACCAAACCAAAAGGCUACUGGUCACCUGGAGAAGUCUGGACAUCUCUGCUCUGUGACCAUUCCUACCUAACCCCAAGUCUGGCACUAGACUGUCUACGUGAUACUAGUAUUUGGGUGUUCGGGGAUUCCAAUAGUCUUCGUCUGUAUUGGCCGCUUCAAGACUGGACACAGUGCAGCGCCACGGGGAAUGGAGCAUGGCCGCAGAAAGAGGUGUGCAAAAACAAAGUGAACAAUAUCACCUUGACAUUCACCCCACACGAAUACCCGCUUCAUCUUGGUGCCUCUUGGGUAUCUAUGCUCCGCUACGAUGGUGUAGCCCAGCAUAUAGACGCCAUGCCAUCAAAUGAGAAAAUCAUUGUCAUAAUCCACUACUAUCUUCACGUUUUGACGUCCCAUUUAAGUUUUGCCGAGCUACGUCUUCGAUCUGUAACUGAAGCCUGCAAGCGACUUUUGGACAGAAACCCUGAUGCAACAAUAGCUUUCCGUGGUCCACACGUGGCUUCACUGGAGUACGAAAUAAAUCACACCAUAAGUGGAGACAGUCUAGGAAGAUUUUAUUUUAAAAUUAUUUUAAAAGUAUUUAAAGACUUAAUGAACAGAAUAAUUUUUCUAGACGGUUGGGACAUGACAAUAGCUUUGGAAAACUCAGAAUUUCACCCAACAGAAAACGUCCCAAAAUUUCUAAUCAAUGUUUUACUCUCAUUUAGGUGUAACACCACAGGGUAUCAUAGACGAAAUUAG